CAGCAGUCACACAGUUAGACAACUCAAGAUACAGGAAUAGAGACUUUCACAAUGGCCACAUCAUACGCAAAGGAAAACAUGAUCUACAUUUCAGUCGGGUUUUGGCUCAUUUUAGGUGUUGAAUGCUUCAGUGGGUCAAAUCAUAUCGUAACUAUUAAGACUGGAGGAUCUGUCACCAUCCCAUGUCAUUAUGAUGAGAAAAACCCACCGCGGAAGAAAUACUGGCACUCAGAUAUCGAUCAAUCUAAUAUAUACACAAACACAACAGAGGAGAAUCUGUCUGUAAUUGAUCAUCCUGAUCAGAGUCUCUUUACUGUGACUAUGAGAAACCUACAGCACAAACACACUGGACUCUAUUAUUGUUUAGUGGAGACUGAUGGACAGUCGAGUGCUAGAUUUGAACUUUAUAUCCAGGUUCAGUCUGCUCCUGAUGUGUCUGUGAAGAGCAGCAGUGUAUCUGGACAUGAAGGUGAUAAUGUCAGUGUCCAGUGUUUCUACACUUCUGGAUAUCAGAAUAAUCUCAAACAGUGGUGCAGAAUUAAAGAUCAGAGGUGUUACACUGAGAAGAGGACUGACACAUCCCAGAAUCCAUCAGUCCAGAUCAGUGAUGAUGGGAGAAGCUCCUUCACUGUGUUGAUGACUGGACUGAGACUCAGUGAUUCUGGAUGGUACUUCUGCUCUGCUGGAGAGGCACUGAAUCCUGUUCAACUCACUGUAACCGAGGCAGAAUCUGGUGUUGAAUGCUUUAGCGGUGGGUCAAAUCAUAUUGUAACUAUUAAGACUGGAGGAUCUGUCACCAUCCCAUGUCAUUAUGAUGAGAAAAACCCACCGCAGAAGAAAUACUGGUACUCAGAAAUUGGUCAAUCUAAAAUAUACACAAACACAAUAGAGAAGAAUCUUUCAGUAAUUGAUCAUCCUGAUCAGAGUCUCUUUACUGUGACUAUGAGAAACCUGCAGAACACAACACAUGAUGGGGGUUAUUCCUGUGCUGUGGAGACUGAAAGAAAACCGACUGUCACAUAUGAGCUUCAUCUCAAGGUUCAGUCUGCUCCUGGUGUGUCUGUGAAGAGCAGCAGUGUAUCUGGACAUGAAGGUGAUAAUGUCAGUGUCCAGUGUUUCUACACUUCUGGAUAUCAGAAUAAUCUCAAACAGUGGUGCAGAUAUAAAGAUAAGGACUGUUACAAAGUGGGGAAUCCAUCAGUCCAGAUCAGUGAUGAUGGGAGAAGCUCCUUCACUGUGUUGAUGACUGGACUGAGACUCAGUGAUUCUGGAUGGUACUUCUGCUCAGUAGGAGAUCUGCAGGUUCCUGUUAAACUCACUGUCAAACCCAAACCUGUGACACAUAUUCCAACAGCAACACCAUCUGACCCUGAGACAGACAAGUAGGUGUAAUUUCUGACUAUUUAAAAGAAUCAAAUGCAUCUAAAUACUUUUGUAGCCCGAAAACCUGUUGAUCUUGUUCCCAAAACUGGUCUAAAUGAUUUGUUCACAAUUUGGAAUGAUUAGGUAUUUUUUGAGGAAAGAAGUGCAGGAGAAGAGCAUACAAGUACAUUGUUCUUUUCUUUUAUGUUCCACAGAAGAAAGAAAGUCAUACAGGUUUGGAAUGAUAUGAUUCGAUUGUACUUUCAUUUUUGAUUGAACUUAUUUUUC